AUGUCAACCCCUACCAAACGAAGAUUGAUGAAAGACUUGAAGGACUUAGAAAGAACAAAAAGUAGGACUGUAUUCGCUGCACCGUUGCAGGACGACAUUCUGACGUGGUGUGCACUCAUAAUUGGUCCAAAAGACACACCCUUUGAGGAUGCGACGUUCAGUAUGACCAUGGCAUUUGAUGAAUCAUAUCCAUGCACCCCACCAACAUGCAAAUUCAUCAGCAAGGUAUACCACCCGAAUAUUUACGCCAAUGGUGAUCUGUGCCUGGACAUUCUUACGAAUAGAUGGUCACCCACUUUCAAUGUAAUGACCAUCUUGAUGAGCGUUCAAUCGAUGCUUAACGAUCCAAAUGUGCACUCACCUGCCAAUUUGGAAGCAGCAAAUUUGUUUGAUAAUGACAAGAAGUGCUAUGUAAGGCGAGUUAGAGAUUGUGUGGAGAAGAGCUGGUAUGACCUGGACAAUGAGCUUGAGAAGAACGAGGCUGACUGAUUUGUUGGUAAUAGUUCGCUGUGUCAUGCGUGGUUGGUGCUUGCUCUGCAGUGCCCACCUUUUUGUCCUUGUUUCACUUACUGUUAUUAAAUCAAAUACUCAUUCGC